UCAGCCUGUUGCGAUCUGCCAACGCGCGAGAAGCGAUGUCCUCCAGUGAUCAGAACCCAGCGCCCACGCCCGCCUCGGGCACCGGCGGGACGGCGCCGCCGCCGGGCAGGCCGACCACGGUCUCCUCGCAGGCGAUCGACAUGGGCGCUCAGGUGCUGCAGCCGUUGAAGCCGGUGCGCCAGAUGAAGCAGCACGCGUGCAGCUUCGCGCUGUACGCGCAUGACAUGCACCGGCAGCUCGAGGUCCACCACUUCGUCUCCCGCCUCAACCAAGACGUCCUCCAGUGCGCCGUCUACGACUCCGACAAGCCCUCGGCCCGCCUCAUCGGUGUGGAGUACAUCGUGUCGGACAAAAUCUUCGAGGACCUGCCGCCGGAGGAGCAGAGGCUGUGGCACUCGCACGCCUACGAGGUCAAGGCCGGGCUGUGGACCGACGUGGGCGUGCCGGAGAUGCUGCAGACCUCGGAGAUGGCCAGGAUGGCCAAGACGUACGGCAAGUUCUGGUGCACGUGGCAGGUGGACCGCGGCGACCGGCUGCCACUCGGCGCGCCGGCGCUCAUGAUGUCGCCGCAGGCCGUGGAGCCGGGCCGGGUGCGCGCCGAGCUGGUGCGCGCACGCGACGAGAGGUGCAAGGUGGACAGCUCGGCUCGCGGGCUCAAGGCUCAGAGGGUGGAGAUGGAUGAGCCGGAGUGGAUCAACCCAAACGCCGACUACUGGCGGCUGCACGGCAAGGGGUUCGCCGUGGACGUCACGGCCACGGAGAUGAAGCAGCACGCGCCCUUCCCUUGAGAGGUCGAAUGGUUGCCCAGUGAAAUGCGCAUCUUCUUUCAACUUCUGUUGGUUGGUCUUGUUUUUUCCGUAGAGUCGUCGGUGUACGGAAUGGUCGGGAGAUGCGAGUGAAGGUGCAAGUUGCGUUUGAUUCUAUAUAAUCCAACGUCAUUUCCCCUGAUUA